AUGGCUCAGAGUGGAUUCCACCAAGUGGUCCUUACCGCUUUGUCGUCCUCCGGUAACGUCAGCUCCGCGUUACCUUCGGUUCUUGCCCGUCACCAGCCCUUCUGCGGCGAUAUUGAAGGAUGGGGCCCUAUAAGCCGCACACGAUUUGAUCUAACGCCCUGUUUCCUUGAUGUCUGGGUGUCUCUCGUGGCCGUCUGGGGCCUGGUUAUGGGCGCAGGGGCCAUUUGGUUCCUGUUCACCAAGAGAACACCCCAAGCGGUGCAGAAGAACUGGCACUUCUAUGCGAAAUUGUCUGUAAUAUGGGCUCUUAUCCUCGUCACCGCCCUUCAAGGGACGCUCCAAGUCGAGACCCUCCCGAAGAUAUGGUUUGGAGAUUUCAGAUUCUGGACCACCAUCCUUAUCCUGUCGUCGCUGGGGGUUAUAUAUACUGUACAAUACUACGAGCACUGGAGAAGCCGUCAACCAAACGGUGUCGUGCUGUUCUACUGGCUGUUCUUGACCAUCGUCUACGCUGUGAAGCUUAGGUCCCUCGUAUCCCGGCAGUUAUAUCGCACUCAACUGCCUUAUUUCGUCACUUUCGCCGUUGGCCUAGCUCUCGCGAUAACUGAAUUUGCGUUAGAAUACCUUUUCAAAAAGAAACAGAGUGCAUAUGACGUGCUGGGAGACGAAGAUGAAUGCCCGUACGAAUAUGCAGAUAUCUUUUCGGUCUUGACCUUCUCCUGGAUGACACCCUUAAUGAAGGUCGGGUACAAGAAUUUCCUCACUCAAGACGAUUUGUGGAAUUUGCGUCGAAGGGAUACCACUCAUGUUACGGGUGACGAGCUUGAGAAAACCUGGGCUCGUGAGUUGAAAAAGAAGAAGCCGUCGUUGUGGCGAGCUCUGUUUCGAGCAUUUAGUGCCCCAUAUUUCCGCGGCGCUGUGAUCAAAUGCGGCAGUGACAUUUUGGCUUUUGUUCAACCUCAGCUUCUCCGCCUCCUCAUAACCUUCAUUGAUUCGUACCAAACGGAAAGCCCUCAGCCAGCUGCUCGGGGUGUAGCACUUGCGCUCGCUAUGUUUGUUGUUUCUGUAAGCCAAACGGCCUGUCUUCAUCAGUAUUUCCAGAGAGCAUUUGAGACUGGAAUGCGCGUCAAGUCUGCUUUGACGUCCAUGAUUUACACGAAAUCUCUAAGACUUUCGAACGAAGGUCGCGCCUCGAAAACUACUGGUGACAUCGUCAACCAUAUGGCUGUUGACCAGCAGCGCCUUUCUGACCUUUGCCAAUUUGGAAUGCAGCUUUGGUCUGCUCCAUUUCAAAUUACUCUCUGCAUGAUAUCUCUGUACCAACUUGUUGGCUUGAGUAUGCUUGCUGGUAUUGCAGCAAUGGUACUUAUGGUUCCACUGAACGGUCUAAUUGCGAAAGUCAUGAAAAACUUGCAAAUCAAACAGAUGAAAAACAAGGACCAGCGAACCAGAUUAAUGACCGAAAUUCUAAAUAAUAUGAAAAGCAUCAAGCUUUAUGCCUGGAAUACUGCCUUCAUGAACAAGCUAAACCAUGUUCGAAAUGACCUGGAGUUAAAUACACUCAGAAAAAUUGGCGCAACCCAAUCUAUCGCAAACUUUACGUGGUCUUCGACCCCGUUUCUGGUGUCCUGCUCCACAUUCGCGGUGUUCGUUUUGACAAAUGAUAAACCCUUGACCACGGAGAUUGUUUUUCCGGCAUUGACCCUCUUCAAUCUCCUCACGUUUCCCCUGUCUAUUCUGCCUAUGGUCAUUACGUCCAUCAUUGAAGCUUCCGUUGCCGUGAAUCGUCUCACGACAUACUUUGCUAGUGAAGAAUUGCAGAAAGAUGCUGUCUCCUACGAGGAUUCCGUUACACAUCCCGGAGAUGAGGCUGUACGAGUCCGAGAUGCGACUUUUACAUGGAACAAGCAUCAAAGCGAAAAUGCUCUUGAGAAUAUCGAUUUCAGCGCCAGAAAAGGGGAGCUAAGUUGUAUUAUUGGCCGCGUGGGAGCGGGAAAGUCAUCAUUCCUUCAAUCAUUGUUGGGAAAUCUAUGGAAACUUCACGGAGAAGUAGUUGUACGAGGUCGCACUGCGUAUGUCGCACAACAAGCUUGGGUUAUGAAUGCCAGUAUCCGUGAAAAUAUCGUGUUUGGACAUCGCUGGGAUCCACGCUUCUAUGAGUUGGCUGUAGAAGCUUGCGCCCUUCUCGACGACUUCAAAACCCUUCCUGACGGUGACCAGACUGAGGUGGGUGAACGUGGUAUUUCUCUAUCUGGUGGCCAAAAGGCCCGUUUAACACUAGCAAGAGCCGUGUACGCUCGUGCGGAUGUAUACAUUUUGGACGACGUUCUAUCAGCUGUGGAUCAACAUGUGGGGAGACAUAUCAUUAAUCGAGUGCUUGGUCGAAAUGGUAUACUAUCGACUAAAACGAGGAUUCUAGCAACCAAUUCUAUUCCUGUGCUAAAGGAGGCUGACUUUAUUGCCUUACUGAGGAACGGAACUAUUAUUGAAAAAGGAACGUAUGAACAGCUGUUAGCGAUGAAGGGAGAGGUUGCCAGUCUUCUCAACUCCACCACAAGCGAAGAGGGUUCUGAUUCCGAUGACAUCUCCCACGAAGACGAGGACGUUAAGAGUCCGGAAACACUAACAGUCCUUGACAAUGAUGAUUCGGAUCUGUCUGAAAUCGAAGAGUCUCAGGAGAGACUGGGACCCCUUGCCCCUAUCGGGAAUGGCGGAGUCAUCCGUCGGAUGAGCACUUCAAGUUUGCGUCGUGCAAGCACUACGAGUUGGCAUGGGCCGCGCAAUUUCGUGGAUGAAGAAGGUGCUCUCAAAUCUAAACAGACAAAGGAGAAGUCUGAGCAAGGGAAAGUCAAGUGGAGUGUCUAUGGGGAGUAUGCGAAAACAAGCAACCUCUACGCGGUAGCUACUUAUUUAACCGCGCUUCUGUUAGCGCAAACGGCGCAGGUUGCUGGUAGCUUUUGGUUGGAAAGAUGGUCGGAGGCAAACAAAAAGGCGGCGAGGAAUGCGCAGGUGGGGAAAUAUAUUGGCAUUUAUUUCGCAUUUGGGCUUGGAUCUUCGGCGCUGGUUGUUCUGCAAACUUUGAUUCUUUGGAUAUUUUGCUCUAUUGAGGCAUCCCGAAAAUUGCAUGAGAGAAUGGCGUAUGCGAUAUUCAGGUCUCCUAUGAGCUUUUUUGAAACUACCCCUUCUGGCCGGAUUCUGAAUCGUUUCUCAAGUGAUAUUUAUCGAGUUGAUGAAGUUUUAUCCCGCACAUUUAAUAUGCUAUUCGUCAAUGUUGCUAGAGCAGCAUAUACCAUGGUUGUCAUCGCCGUUUCAACUCCCCUCUUCCUUAUUAUGAUCAUACCCCUUGGAUUGGUGUAUUUUAGCUACCAGAGGUAUUACUUAAGUACUUCGCGCGAACUUAAAAGAUUAGACAGCGUCAGCAAAAGUCCUAUCUACGCUCAUUUCCAGGAAACUCUCGGCGGUAUUUCGACCAUUCGGGCAUUUAGGCAACAAGACAAAUUUUCAAAGGAGAAUGAAUAUCGGAUGGAUGCAAAUAUUCGAGCGUACUUCCCCUCCAUCAGCGCCAACAGGUGGCUUGCUGUACGACUGGAGUUCAUUGGCUCUGUGAUUAUUCUAGCAGCAGCUAUGUUCCCAAUUCUGUCAGUGGCUACUGGAUCCAAAUUAUCUGCUGGCAUGGUCGGUCUAUCAAUGUCAUACGCGCUCCAAAUUACGCAGUCUCUCAACUGGAUUGUUCGGCAGACAGUCGAAGUGGAAACUAACAUUGUCUCCGUCGAGAGAGUGUUGGAGUAUGCAAACCUUCCCAACGAGGCUCCAGAUGUCAUUUUCAAAAAGCGACCCCAGAUUGGCUGGCCCUCUCAGGGAGGCGUGCAAUUCAAGAAUUACAGCACCCGGUACCGUGAAGGUCUGGACCUUGUGCUUCAAGAUAUUAACCUUGACAUUAAACCUCACGAAAAGAUUGGUGUUGUUGGCCGAACAGGUGCAGGCAAAAGCUCGCUGACAUUGGCUCUGUUCCGCAUCAUUGAAGCAACAGCAGGAAACAUUAGCAUCGACGGGUUGGACAUCAGUACUAUUGGCCUAUUGGAUUUGCGGGGUCGCCUGGCAAUCAUACCACAAGACGCGGUUUUGUUUGAAGGAACUGUUCGAGACAACCUCGACCCACGCCACGUCCAUGAUGACACCGAGCUAUGGAGUGUGCUUGGGUCGAAUCUAAGCCAAGGCCAACGACAGCUUAUUUCAUUAGCUCGAGCCUUGUUAACGCCAAGCAACAUUCUCGUUCUUGAUGAAGCCACUGCCGCUGUCGAUGUGGAAACGGAUGCACUGCUGCAGCAGAUGCUUCGAAGUAGCAUUUUCCGCGAUCGAACCAUCAUCACAAUCGCCCACCGCAUCAACACCAUCCUGGAUAGCGAUCGGAUCGUCGUUCUGGACCAUGGAUCUGUUGUUGAGUUCGAUACUCCGGACGCACUAAUUCGGCGGGGCGGACAGUUCUACCAUCUUGUUAAAGAGGCUGGGCUUCUUGAGGCUAAUGUCCCAAUCACCAAUGAUACCACCAGCACCACCAAGACGAUACCAAGUCCAUGA